AUGAGUCCACCGUCUACCUUAAAUGCCAGGCUUUUGUCAGCGGCAGGCAUAUGCAUAUUCACUAGUUUCAAUAUAAGAGAUACUGCCCUCACACGGAAUCUUCAUUUUGGAUUUCAGGGUACAGAAAAAGCAGGUGGUUACAUCAAUAGGCUCGUUGUGACAUGUCUUCGAAGUGGGCUCAAUCGGCAAUUUCGAGUUCUACAGAAACCAGAGCGAGCUCCUAUUAGAGCUUUAAGGGCCUCAUCUUCUGGCAGGUACCUAUUGAUAUUGUUUCGUGAUGCACCAGUAGAAGUUUGGGCCAUGACUAAGACCCCAAUCAUGCUUAGAUCACUAGCUCUCCCGUUCACUGUGCUAGAAUGGACUCUUCCAACAGUACCACGGCCAGUGCCCAAAGAUCGUCCUGCCAUACCAUCAAAAGAAACAUCCCCAACAAAAGAAGCAGAUGCUAAAGGAGCUGGGACAGAUGGAUCUCAAGAUGAAUUUUCAGAAAGUUUCUCUUUUGCACUUGUCAAUGGUGCACUUGGAGUUUUUGAGGUUCAUGGUCGAAGGAUCCGUGACUUCAGACCAAAGUGGCCUUCAUCUUCAUUUGUUUCAUCUGAGGGAUUGGUGACGGCAAUGGCCUAUCGGCUCCCUCAUGUGGUUAUGGGGGACAGAUCAGGAAACAUACGUUGGUGGGAUGUUACUACUGGACAGUCGUCCUCAUUUAAUACCCAUAGGGAAGGGAUCCGUAGAAUCAAGUUCUCACCAGUUGUUCCUGGAGAUCGGAGCCGUGGGCGUAUUGCUGUUUUGUUUUAUGAUAACACAUUCUCAGUGUUUGAUCUGGACUCACCCGAUCCAUUAGCCAAUUCACUUUUACAACCUCAAUUUCCUGGAACUCUUGUGUUGGAGCUCGAUUGGUUGCCUUUGCGAUCAGAUAAGAAUGAUCCACUGGUGUUAUGUAUUGCUGGAGCUGAUAGCAGCUUUCGCCUUGUUGAAGUCAAUAUAAGUGACAAUAAAAUGGUUCAUGGUCCCCAAGCUCGACCACUCAAAGAAAGAUUUCGACCAGUGCCUUUGUGUUCUCCCAUAUUACUACCCACACCACAUGCCCUGGCAUUACGUACAAUCUUACAGUUAGGUGUGAAGCCAUCAUGGUUUAAUACAUGGAGUGCAACCACAGAUGACGCGAACUCCCAAGUUCCUGGAACUCCAACAGCUGGAGAUCUUCGUAAUCACAUGAUUGAAUCACCCCGUAUUGGUGACUCUGUAGUGCCUGAGAUGCUUCUCAAAGUACUGGAGCCUUAUCGUAGAGAAGGGUGCAUACUUAAUGAUGAGAUGGUUAGACUCUAUGCUGGUCUAGUGGAUAAAGGUUCUGCAGUAAGGUUUGCUUUUGCUGCUGCAAUAUUUGGGGAACCCAUGGAAGCUCUUUUCUGGCUGCAAUUACCGCGAGCUCUAAAUUACUGGAUGAAUAGAUUGACUAACAAGUCUCCGGCAAGAGUCCCUCAAUCAGCUUCAACGUCAGAACUUGAUGAAGUAUCUAUGUUAGAUAGGAUAUCAUCAAAGGGAAAGUCAGGGACCGGAACAGGAAAAAAUAAUGCUUGGGGAAAUGGUCAACUUCAGCUGAUGGCCUUUGAACAAGAAGAGUUGUGGGGGCGUGCUAAUGAGCAGAUUCCUUGGCAUGAAAAGCUGGAAGGAGAAGAGGCAAUUCAAAACCGUGUACAUGAAUUAGUAUCGAUUGGAAACCUAGAAGCUGCAGUUAGCUUACUGCUCUCCACGCCUCCAGAGAGCUCGUAUUUCUAUGCAAAUGCAUUGCGUGCUGUUGCCCUUUCUUCAGCUGUAUCGACGUCUUUACUUGAGCUGGCCGUGAAGGUUGUUGCUGCCAAUAUGGUGAGAACAGACCGGUCCUUGUCUGGAACACAUCUUCUUUGUGCUGUUGGCAGGCAUCAAGAAGCUUGUUCUCAGUUACAAGAUGCUGGAUGCUGGACUGAUGCUGCAACAUUAGCUGCAACACAUCUAAAAGGAACUGAUUAUGCAAGGGUUUUGCUGAGGUGGGCUCAGCACGUUCUUCAUACUGAACACAACAUUUGGAGGGCACUUAUCUUGUACGUUGCUGCUGGUGCACUGCCAGAGGCAUUAGCUUCUCUUCGUGGGGCACAGCAACCAGACACAGCAGCCAUGUUUAUACUUGCUUGCCGGGAAAUACAUAGUGAAUAUCUUUCCAGCUUGGAUGAUGAAUUAAGAUCUUCAGAUAAGUUGGUUAACUUGCCAGGACUGAACCCAGAAAGUGAAGAUGUCGACGCAGUUGGUGAAUACUAUGGACAAUACCAGAGAAAACUGGUCCAUCUUUGCAUGGACUCCCAACCUUUCUCUGACUGAGAAAACUUUGCUGGCAUACCUUUUACAGCGUGUCUUAAGAUCUCCGGCUCAGCAAUCCGAGUCGUCAGAACAAGCUUCCCAUCCGUAACCAUACAUUUGAGCCUAAAACUUGAGACAUUUAAGCGAUGGUCAUAAAAAGCCAAGAGCCAUGCCCGAACUACAGCUUGGUCUCAGUUCAGUUUGAAAAGAUUUGGACCGUCACACUUAUCAAAUAGAGAAGUAAUCUGCAGUUCUUUGUGGGUCAACCAUGACAGAAUUGGUGACGACGCUUUACACGUACACGACUCACAAUUUCAUACCACAGAGACGAUUGUUCCUUUUGAAAAUUUGUGCCAUAAUACACGUCCUUUGAAAGUUAGCCAGAUUACAAGAUCAAUUCUUUUGUAUAAGAAUGGAACUGUUGUAAAUUGAUUGAUUGAUUGAUUAUGUAAUAACAUUGAGUCAUGGAGUUCA